UGGCACAGACAACCUCCUUGGCAUUCCUCUUCGAUCGUGUACUAUGGUAUAUUGCAGGCCAAAAGAAAAAAAAAGAAAAAACAACAAUUUUUCAAAAAAAAACCCAAAUUCAAAAUCAACACUACAGAGAAAAAGAAAGGCAAACGCACCAAAAUAACACAGAAGGAAAGGGGAAUGACAAUGGACAGGGAGAAGGAGAGAGAGAUUGAGCUAGAAAGCGCAAUGUACACUAACUGCUUGCUUUUAGGCCUCGAUCCAUCGAUCAUCGGCCUCGGCGCCGGCAAUACUACUCCUACAGUCGGACUUUUCCGCCAUUCCAAUCCUAAACUCGGCGAACAACUUCUCUACUUCAUCCUCUCUUCUCUCAGAGGUCCUGCUCAAUCUGCUAAGGAUUUUGAUAAGGUUUGGCCGAUUUUUGAUUCUGCUCAGUCUCGUGAUUUCCGAAAGGUUGUGCAAGGGAUAAUUAGUGAGCUUGAAUCUCAAGGUGCACUUCCGAGGAGUAAUUCAAGGGUUUCUUCUCUUGCAACAUGCUGUGGACCCAGAUUCGUUGAACUAUUAUGGCAACUUUCUUUGCAUGCUUUACGUGAGGUUCAUCGGCGAACUUUUCCAGCUGAUGUUGCUUCUAAUGCAUUGCCCAGUUCCCUAACUGAUGUGGCAUUUUCACAUGCAGCUGCACUACUCCCUGUAACAAAGGCCAGGAUUGCUCUUGAACGGCAGCGGUUCUUGAAAAAUGCAGAAACUGCUGUCCAGAGGCAGGUGAUGUGGUCAGGUUUGGCUCAUGAGAUGACAGCAGAGUAUCGUGGUCUCUGUGCAGAAGAGGCAUAUUUGCAGCAAGAGCUUGAAAAGCUUCAGGAUCUGAGAAACAAAGCCAAGAUGGAAGCAGAAAUAUGGGAUGAACGUGCAGCUGGAUCAAGUCAAAGUUCUCAUUUGGUCUCUAAGGCAACUCGUUUAUGGGAAUCUUUAUUGUCUCGUAAGAGUCAGCAUGAAGUUCUUGCAUCAGGUCCUAUAGAGGAUCUUAUUGCCCAUCGAGAGCACAGGUACCGCAUCUCUGGUUCAGCUUUGCUUGCUGGUGUGGAUCAAAGCUCACAGGUUUUGUUAGGGAAGCUUGGUGACCAAGCUUCAGCUCAUCCAGAUGAGAUAGAGCAAAUUGAUGGGUCAUCUACUAAUCUGAACAGAGAUAUGCCAGGAACAAAUGUUGAUUCUUCUCAUUCACAGACGAUUGAAGAAAGCCGAGUUGACGACAGAAUUAGUAGAGGUCAACCCACUGUUGAUGUUGCUGAGAUUCUUAGACGCUGGACGCAUGCUUUACAACGAAUCCAUAAGCAAUCACUUCAUUUGGCAAAAGCCAAUGAUGGAGAGGGUCCAGAAAUUCUACGAAGCACACAAGUCGGUGGAACUGGUCAUGCUGAAUGUUUGGCAGCGACUCUUGUUGAACAUCGGCAGCACUUGGCCAGCAUACAGGUUCUAAUAAAUCAACUGAAGGAAGUAGCCCCUGCUAUCCAAAAUUCAAUAGCAGAACUCACGGAAGAAGUGAACACCGUGUCCUCCAGCCUUCCUUCAAUAAAUAAACGUCCUGGCCAGUCUAAUUUGCCUGUGCAAGCUCAAAGCAAUGGAAAAGUAAUGAUUGGUAGAAACGAUGAUACCACUGAAGUUACGUCCAAAAUGUCCAAUGUUAAUCUUGGCAAGGUGGUUGCAAGCCCAACCUUAAAGCUUCCUCCAUUGUUUAGUCUGACACCAAAUUCAACAGGGAAAGGGGGAAAUAUACAAAAAAGUUAUACUUCUCCUGUCAAUCAUGGAGAUAAUUUAUCUGAAAGGAAGAGUAUUGACAGUACGUUAUUGAACAAUGCAAUGGAUAUUCUGCCACAAGACACGGAAUCUUUAUACGUCCAGAAGCUUAAGCGGUCAGUCCGAGAAGCAGCUUUGGCUACAAAAUCAUGUGAUUAUGAGUCAUCACGUGAUAGCCACUCAGAAGACGGUUCAGAACACUUCUUUGUUCCUCUUUCAACUUCAGGAGUUCCUUCUUUGGGUGUCGAACAGAGAGGAUCUUCAGUUAGAAGUAACCGUUUGUUUUCGUGUGAAUCUGAGUCCUUGUUUCUUGGAAAUUCUAUUCUUGAAAGUUGUGGAGGCAAAGCAUUCGAUGAAGUAUCAGAUGCUUUUCAUGAAUUCGACUCGCUAUCUGAGUAUGACCGAGUAAAUGGGUUUCUGUCUGCUGCCUGUUCAAAUUAUGCAGCUUCCGAAUCGCAAACAUCUUUCUAUGACCUUGAUGAGGCCCCUGAUCAAGUCUUCUCUCCACCUUUAUUGAUGGACACAUCAUUGCUAGCAGAUGCAUAUGAAGAUUUACUUGCACCACUUUCAGAAACAGAUGCUGCUUUGAUGGAUCAUUGAUUUGGUGUUUGGCUUUCUUUCUGUUUCUGCAAUAUGCUGUUGUUUCACCCCUACUUCUGAAUGGUGCUGGGUUGAAGUACCGGUAAUGAUUAUUUCUGCACAUUAUGCAAAAUUAUGGAAGAAAUUAAUACAGACGUGAGAAUGUGAAUUUUAUUAGAGUACUAAAUUCUUCCUGGAGUGCUAAUGAGUUUGACCAGUCCGGAUAAUUAAAUCGAAAGGGACAGCAGGGUCUGCCCAUUAAUUUUGUGACAUAGAACGCUACAUUGCCUCAUGAGCCUGAUGGUUAUAACUGAUGCAGCAUAGUCAGAUUCUUCUUGUAAUUGUUGGUUAACACUGAGGAUUGGUUAGAGAUGACUUUCCCAUCCUGCAGAAGGGUUACUCAGCUGUUGUCUGGUUGAAAUUUUGCAGAUGGAUUAAAAAAGUGGGAGCUAUAAAGGUAUGUUUGUUUUGUGGUGUAUUAGCAUUUAGAUUCAGAUUUCAGAGGGUCUCCCGUCGCUUGGCAAUUGUGGUAGAAACCUUCUGAUGGUGUAGACACGUUCAAGUUUGAUGAUAUAAGCGGGUAUAGUUUCAGAACAUUCUUCACUGUGGUUAGUUCUGUGGGUGUGGGUCACUAAUUGUAUCUAUUUGAUGCUUCUAUCUCAUUCUGUAACAUAAUGAUAUACUCGAAUGGUUUUCAUGUUUGGACAUAUUGUACAACUCAUUUAAUUAUUCAUCUAAUUCUAGUGGAGUUCUACGUCCUGAUA